CACGAGCCCACUCGAGCCACGUUGCACUCAUGGCGCAAGCAGGGCCUUCGUCGCUCAAAAAGCAGAAGAAAAAGCAACCUAACAAUGGAUUUCGGUCGUCAAAAGUGAGGAAAGUUCAGGCAGUGAAAUCCAUCGAGACCCUCGAGGAGGCUGCACUGCAAUAUGAGCCUCCAAUAAAUUUAAAGGUCUUUGCGGACCUCCCCAUUUCAGAUCUGACGAAGCGUGGGCUGAAGAAGGCUUCCUUCGUCGACAUGACUGAUAUCCAGGUCAAGAGUCUGCCCGCCUCACUUAGGGGCAAGGACGUCCUUGGAGCAGCGCGAACGGGAAGCGGAAAGACGCUUGCGUUCCUGACACCGGUGCUGGAAGUCUUGUACAGGCGGAAGUGGGGUCCUCAGGACGGUCUGGGAGCUUUGAUUAUUUCACCUACCCGUGAACUGGCGGUGCAAAUAUUUGAAGUACUACGUUCAAUAGGAGGCUAUCACACAUUCUCUGCCGGAUUGAUCAUCGGCGGAAAGAACCUCAAGGAUGAACGCGACCGCUUGACAAGAAUGAAUAUACUCGUCGCCACUCCUGGACGUCUAUUGCAACAUAUGGAUCAGACUGUUGGUUUCGAGUGUGACAAUUUGCAAAUGCUAGUGCUCGAUGAAGCUGAUCGCAUAUUGGACAUGGGAUUUCACAAAACUCUGACCGCAUUGCUCUCCCACCUUCCAAAAUCACGCCAAACUCUUCUCUUCUCUGCCACGCAAACCAAGUCUGUCACCGACCUCGCACGGCUAUCAUUGAAGGACCCGGUGUACAUCUCUACGCAGGAAGAAGAAGCGAGCGGCGUAAUGCCAAAAUCGCUUGAGCAACACCACGUUGUGGUGGACCUCGACAAGAAACUUGACGUGCUGUGGAGCUUUAUCAAGACGCAUUUGCAAACCAAGACGCUGGUUUUCAUGUCCUGCUGCAAGCAGGUCCGCUUUGUCUUUGAGACGUUCUGCAAGAUGCACCCUGGUAUUCCCCUGUUGCAACUUCAUGGCAAGCAGAAGCAGAUGUCCCGUCUUGCGACGUUCCAGCGGUUCACUUCGAUAAGGCACGCCGUUCUGCUCGCGACUGACAUUGCUGCACGUGGUCUGGACUUCCCUGCUGUUGACUGGGUCCUGCAAGUCGAUGCGCCUGAGGAUGCCGAGACGUAUAUCCACCGUGUCGGUCGGACAGCGCGAUACGAGAGUGCAGGCAAAGCGCUGCUAUUUCUGGCGCCAAGCGAGGAGGAGGGCAUGAAGGCCGCGCUCGCCAAGAAGGGCAUCGAAGCUGCGAAGAUCAAGAUCAAGGCGAGCAAGACGCACAGCGUUCAGAACCAGUUCCAAAAGUUGUGCUUCGAGGACCCGGACAUCAAGUAUCUCGGACAACGAGCAUUCGUUUCUUACCUUCGCUCUGUUCACAUCAUGAAGGACAAGUCUAUCUUUAAGCUCGAAGAGCUACCUGUCCAGCGUUACGCAGAAGCUCUUGGUCUACCUGGUGCACCCAAAAUCAAAUUUCUUAACAAGGAAAUUGCAAAGGCGAAGAAGAAUGCAUCUCAUGCAGCUGCCAAAGCGGGGACCAUGUCGCAGCUCGACAGGUCGAACGAAUCGGAUGAUGAAUCUGAAAGCGAUGGCGGGUCAAGCAAGAGCUCUAGUGAGGCCGAGAUCACCGAGGCUGAGGCUUCCACGAAACCUGAAAAGGUUCGAACGAAGUACGACCGCAUGUUCGAGCGCAAGAACCAAAAUAUCCUCUCGGAGCACUUUAACAAGCUCGUCAACCACUCUGCCGACGCUAGCGACUCCGACGGCGACUUCAUCACGCUCAAACGUGCGGACCACGAGCUCAAUGAGGAAGAGCUCCCCGAGCACGAAUUCACGUCGAAGCGCAAGCAGCGACUUGCACUCUCGAAGAAGGCGCUCGCGCAGCGGGGAUCGAAGGGGAGCAAGCUCGUUUUCGACGAGGAUGGUCGUGCGCACGAGGUAUACGAGAUGAAGAGUGCCGAAGAGGUAUUCCAUGGCGAAGACGAUGUGAGGGAGGCUGGCAAGCGGUUUGCGGAGGAGGAGCGCGGGAAGCUGAGGGAGGCCGAUGUCAUCGAUCGGGUGGCGGCGAAGGAGAAGAAGAAGGAGAAGAAGCGUAAACGCAAGGAGCGCGAACAAGAGGAGAUGAGUGGUUCUGACGAUGACAGCGCGGCCUUUGCCCCGGUGAUCGAACCUGUGGAAGGAGAAGGCUACGUCAGUCCUAACUUCGACCUACCCCCUUCUUCAGACGAAGAGGAUGCCCCACCACCAUCGAAGCGUGCAAAGAAGUCGAAGUUUCCCCUCGCAGAAGAGGAAGAACUUGCGUUGCAACUCUUGCGCAGCAGGAGAUAGUCGUGUUUAUUUUUUUCCAUCUCCGUGUCAUCUAUUCCGCCAGCAUAUCCAUAUGUUUGUGUCUCA